CAAACAUACAACGCAAUAUUGACGUUUCUCGCAGUCCUUCGCCAGUGUUCAGUGGAAUUUUAGUUAUUGAGUUUGUUUUCGAUUGAUAAUGUUUCUGAGCAAAACGAAAGCGACCGAAAAGUGGCUGGACGCCCAGUGCGAUGGAACAGCCGCACUGCACACGCUUCCCUCGUGUAUGUCCCUGUGCGAUCUGAAGAACGACAACUACUACCAGCUGGUAAUUGUGGACAUUCCACUGUUCGAUUUCAACACAAAACCAAAGCUCAAGGUGUACAAAGGAACCAAUCUAGCCAGUGAGCAAAACCUUCCAGGAAUACCAUCGGCACUGGAGAGUCUCUACAUCAACGAGCAAGAACCUCGAAUACCAAUUAUCGCCGUAGCGAUCGCCUCUUCCGUUCUGUUCUACAGGAAUAUGAAGCCGUAUUACAAGUUCACAAUUCCACCGAUGGAGGUUGACCCACUGGAGGUUGAUGUUUGGAAGAAGUUGCCCGUUGAAAAGCCUGACAACGUUGACAAGCUCGUUGAAACUCUACGAACUCUACAUACCUCCCAAAUGACCGACAUUUCGCAAGAGUUGCUUGCUCUGCCCGAAAACAGCCGCGCAGGCUUCAUCCAGGAACACGCGGAAUCCCGCCUGGAGCGCUUUUCUGUCAUCACAGCCAUGACGUCGAUCAAGAAAGCAACAAACGAUAACAAAUCAGCUUCGUGUCUAAUUUUGGCAACCGAAUCGGGGGAAAUAGUUAUCCUCGACACGCAAGCGUUUGUCAUGUUGCAUCAGGCUCGGGUCUGUUCGUUUCAGGGAACCCCAAGUAUCGUCUCGGCCAGUGGCCAGUACGAUAUUGAUUUUCGAUUGGUCGUCACGACGCGGGAAGGGUCACUAUGCUUGCUUCGCAAGGGUUGGCUGGUUGGUCAGCACAUUGUCAAACUAGAGCAUCCGGCCGCUGGUUUGGCGCUGCUGCCGAUCGAUCAGACAAUUGUCGUGGUUUGUAUGAACAAUUAUCUGCUCUGCUACUCGAAGAAGGGCAAGAAGCUCUGGUCGGUAACACUGCCACAGCCGGCGGUCUGCAUGACACCGGUCUGUUUGCCACACCUCGGAAUCAAUCUCGUCUGUGUGGCACUUCGCGGAGGACUGGUGCAGUUCUACUGUCAGAAGAAACUGGUCGAUCAGUUCUAUGCUCCGGAGACCGUGACAGCGCUGAAGUUUGGCCGGCUUGGUCGAGAAGAGCACGUACUGAUCCUGGUCACUUCCGAUGGUUCGCUGAUCGUGAAGAUUCUCAAGCGGACAGCCGAGUUUCCGACUACGGAUAAUAUUUACGAUAUGAAGACGUCGAAUGAGGAGGCUCCCGGGAGUUUACAGAUUCCGAAGAAGACCAAGAUUUUCGUUGAGCAAACACUGCGGGAGAAGGAGCAUGCGGCGGCGAUUCACAACUCGUUUCAAACGGAACUGUGGAGGAUGCGUUUGACGGCAGCCCGAGCAACACUGGAUGUUAUCAAUUCGGCGGAUAGCAACCUAUCGGGAGAUAUUGGAAUGGUUCCAAUCAAGAUGGCCGCCGAAGUGUUGGGUCUAGGGCCUGUGUUUAAACUUUUUCUAGUUCUGGAGAACAUUUCAGCCCAGAAGGAGGCGAGUGGGCUGAAUGUGCUUAUACAGGCGGAUCAUCGACACUACCAGGUGGAAACGCCCUAUCGACAGCUGCCGUUGUUGAUUCCGGGAGCGCCAUUGAAACUGGAUUAUAAAGUAACCGUGGUGACCGAUCGGGCCAGUGGAUUACCGCCAGCCGAUUUGUUGCCGGAAACGUCGUUCAUAAAAGUGUUAGUUUUCAAGACGGGGAAUUGUAAACCGCUUAUCGCUUCAACGGUUAUGAUGCCUCAGCCAGAGCCGCAAAUCCUGAUCACGUUUUGAACGUUUGUGUUGGCGCCUUUCCUGGUGGUAGCGGAGAUUUAUAAUAAAUAGAC